AUGAGUAUUUCUUACUCUACUCACCUCAUUCGGCUGACAAGGUGGUUCAACAUUUCCGCUGCGGAGUACUUGUUAAAUUCUGAUGUGGCUCGAAGUACUAUGGGCAGUUACGAAGAGCGAAGACGUCGGCCUGUCACCACUGAUGGUCGAGUACAUGAAAUCUUCAAGCCAGUUCUUGACACUUUUCGGAGCAAUUUUCGCCGUGGUUGGGAGCGCGAUGGAGCAGCGCUUUGCGUCUAUUAUCAGGGAGAAUGUGUUGUUGACAUUUGGGGUGGAUUCGCUGACAGGGAGUCAGAGCGAAGGUGGAGAGAAGACACUUUGCAGAUAAUUUUCAGCACUUCGAAGGCAGUGGGUGCAAUAUGCGUAGCAAUGCUGGUCGAUCGUGGCCGUCUAAAGUACUCUGACAAAAUAUCGUCGUUUUGGCCAGAGUUCGCAAAGCAGGGUAAAGAAAACAUAACAGUGGAAAUGGUAUUAGCUCACACUUCGGGUCUGGCUUGCCUUGACGGUAAAAUUUCGUACGAAGAUGCUUGUGACCACGAGCGCAUGGCGAAAUUCAUUGAAGAAUCGAAGCCAAUAUGGGAACCAGGGAAAGCUGUUGGGUAUCAUGCACUUUCUUACGGAUGGUUAGUUGAUCAGAUCAUACGAAGAACAGAUGCGAAAAAGCGCGGUAUAGGACAAUUCUUCAAGGAGGAAAUUGCUGAUAAACAUGGGCUAGACCUGCAUUUCGGCUUACCAAUGGAAAAAGCUUGGCGGGUAGCUAGAAUCACGCGGCCUACCGUCAUUGAUCGAAUUGAUGAGUUUGUCACCGAUCCUGGUAAUCUUGAUUAUGGGUUUAUUUUUAAACAGUAUUUACGUGGAGGGCUAGGCAUGAAGGUAGCUACAAAUCCUCCUUGGCUUCAAACUAUUUUUAAAGUAACGCUAAACAAUCCGGAGAUGUACGCUCUAGAACAACCUGCAGUGCUUGGAAUAGGAACUGCACGUGAUAUGGCCAAGCUUGCUCAGCUACUCAUAGAGGGAAAACUCAUUAGCAAGCCAACGCUUAAUUUACUCAAUGAGAACUUGAUCACUACGAAAGAUAUUGUCACCGGUGCACAUGCUGAAAGAGGGCGCGGCACUACGGUUAUGCACCUUAAUAGAAAUGGGAUGGAGCAUCGACUCAUCGGGCACACUGGUCUUGGAGGACAGAAUCUACGCUGGGACGAAGAAAACAAGCUUGUGAUUGCAUUUCUAAGCAAUGGUUUGAAGGGUGGAUUGGGUGACCGUGCAAGAACGUAUGUACGUUUGGUGGAAACCAUAUAUGAUUGCUUACCCAGAAACGGUGAUGGCAACACAUGGACGACGGUGGAUCGGAGUCGUAUGAUCUCGGCGCGAGACUCGAUAAAAACCUCUUGA